AACCUCACUGACUAGACACCUAUCCUCUCUCUGAGGGGUUUGAACUCAUCUCAAAGGACAGGAUCAGCUGAGAAGGUGGAAAUCCAAACCUGCAAGCAGCAUGCACUGAUUUCACAUGCGCACUGAGGUGGUGGUGCCUUCUGUUUCAAGUAGCAAGGCUUUGAGCAUCCUGUCAUAUCUUCACAUUCAAGCUGAGAGUAAAGUUGAACUUUCCAUAUGAGGCUGCCUAGCAAUUCGACAAAGUGGAAAUUAGAUCAAGCAAAGCGUGAGCCCUUCUAUGUUUUGGAGCUGCCUGCGCUGAAAUGGACUCUUCUACAGUAGUCAUUGCGUUAUUCAUAGGCUUAAAUAGGCAAUGCUUGCAGUAUAAUCUCGUGGAAAAUAAAAUGGCAUGAGCAUCUGUAAGGAGUGAUCAAGAGUGAGACAACCCAAAGCUUUAAGGAAAUAACAUGUUGCCUGCUUUUCUCCAAGACAUCACAGCAAUAGGGACAUGGGUCUCUAUUUUUAGACACCAAUGUUCCGACCAUAAAUGAACAACUUGCUCCUAAAUGUGAUCUGAUAGUGUGCGUUGCACCUGAUCUAGAGUAGCCUACAUCGCUGGAGAACAUGGAACGCGGUUUACCUUAUUCAUUUUCCUCAAGGGUUGCAAAGUGAUGAGAGGUUUCCGGAAAAUCUCCUAAAAAGCGACAUGGGAGACAUAUAACUUUUGCACAAUGGAAUCCAGAACACUUUUAUCUGCUAAUAGAGGUCGCUAUUCCUGUGACUUUAUGUCGUUUUUUGUCUUUGAAAUAUAAUUUCACAGCAAUUGUGUCUGUAAAUUACAAGUUGAGGAAAAGUGUGGACAAAAAUAACUCCGACUAAACCCUUUCAAAAAUAAUAAUUUCAUCCUAUCGAGACCAAAUCUUCUGGGCUUUUAUGGGAAUUAAACACUCCUCCCGCUGUAUGCUGCUCAGGGGGGAAAUGGCGGAGUCUGAGAGCACUGAGCAACAGCAGCAGCCACAGCCAAUCCGCAUCAUCCAAUCUCAGCGCGUGCAGCCCACCUCACUGCCCAAGCCUGUGCCCUCUGUCCACCAUGUCCCGCGGCCGCCCCAUACUCCCCACGCUGCCUCCCUGCCUAGCUGCCCUGGCCGGGGGAAGAUGGCCAAGUUCCUCAACCCUGAGGAGAUGACCUCCAGGGACUACUACUUCGACUCCUACGCCCAUUUUGGAAUCCAUGAGGAGAUGCUGAAAGAUGAAGUGAGGACGCUGACCUACAGGAACGCCAUGUACCACAACAAGCACGCCUUCAAGGACAAGAUCGUCCUUGACGUCGGCAGCGGGACCGGCAUCCUGUCCAUGUUUGCAGCCAAGGCGGGAGCCAAGCACGUGUACGGGAUUGAAUGUUCCAGUAUAUCGGAAUACUCUGAGAAAAUCAUCAAGUCUAACCACCUGGACAGUGUUAUUACUAUCUUCAGGGGCAAGGUGGAGGAGGUGGAGCUGCCAGUGGAGAAGGUUGACAUCAUCAUCUCAGAGUGGAUGGGCUACUGUCUCUUCUACGAGUCCAUGCUCAAUACUGUCAUCUUUGCAAGGGACAAGUGGCUGAAACCUGGCGGUCUGAUGUUUCCCGACCGUGCUGCACUGUAUGUGGUGGCCAUCGAGGACAGGCAGUACAAGGACUUCAAAAUCCACUGGUGGGAGAAUGUGUAUGGCUUUGACAUGACCUGCAUCCGUAACGUGGCCAUGAAGGAGCCCCUGGUGGACAUAGUGGACCCCAAACAUGUGGUCACCAACUCUUGCCUGAUCAAGGAGGUGGACAUCUACACAGUGAAGACUGAGGACUUGUCCUUCACUUCAGCCUUCUGCCUUCAGAUCCAGAGGAACGACUACAUCCAUGCCCUGGUCACCUACUUCAACAUUGAGUUCACCAAGUGUCACAAGAAAACUGGCUUCUCCACCGCCCCUGAUGCUCCGUUCACACACUGGAAACAGACAGUCUUCUACCUGGAGGACUACCUGACCGUAAAGAGGGGCGAGGAGAUCAUUGGCAGUAUUAACAUGAAGCCCAAUGAGAAGAACAUACGUGACUUGGACUUCACCUUUGAGCUGGAUUUCAAAGGACAGAUAUGCGAGGCAGCCAUCUCCCACGACUACAAGAUGCGCUAGCUAGGUGUCCAAUAGGGAGAAGCCGGCGCGCUAUGCCACCUGCAGCCCCACAAAUACACAGAGGGAAAGAAGAGGCACUCCUCUCGACAACAGACAAUGAGGAUGGGAUGGAGGGAGGAGAGGGAGUGCAUUGGAGGGAUCAGAGAGGGUGGGAUGGAGGGAGGAGAGGGAGUGCAUUGGAGGGAUCAGAGAGGGUGGGAUGGAGGGAGGAGAGAAGUUCAGAUAGAGGUAGGAGAUGAAGGGAUGAGGGUGGAAUGCAGGAAUCAGAGAGGAGAUUGAGAGAAUAUAUGAAGGGAUGAGAGAGGAUGGAUGGAGAGAAAUGGAGGGAUAGGCUAGAUCAGAGGAGGCAGGUUAUGAUGAGAGAAGCUCAUCAGUGCAGGGCUGACACUCCAAGCAAUAUCAACAUGCUCACAUUGACACCUCUAACUGGCACGUUACUGUUAGGCCAACUGUUCAGAGGACAACUUUGAAUGUAACACCUUAUGAAUUCAAGAAUGUUCUAGUCAUUAUGAAUGUUAUUGAUUGAUCUAUACUGUAUGUGAGAGGUGGCAACCAAUGUUAUCUUCUACAGCAAGUUUGGAGCCCAUAUGAUCAAUUACUGUAUUUUUCAGGAACUUCACAUUUAUAUUGCAUAUAAUGAUAAUAUAUAUAUAUCCUACAGCCAGUAGUUAUGAUUUUUCUUCAAAUAGGCUUUUUAAAUGACCCAAUUUUGCAUGUUUUUUAAUAAUCUUCAUAUCUGGUAAAAGUACAGUAAUUGAAUAUAUCAGAAAUUCAAUACUGCAUACUGUAUUGUGUAAGGAUAUAUAUAUAUAUAUAUACUGCUCAAAAAAAUAAAGGGAACACUAAAAUAACACAUCCUAGAUCUGAAUGAAUUAAAUAUUAUUAAAUACUUUUUUCUUUACAUAGUUGAAUGUGCUGACAAUAUCACACAAAAAUUAUCAAUGGAAAUCAAAUGUAUCAACCCACGGAGGUCUGGAUUUGGAGUCACAAAGAAAUGCCACCCCACACCAUUACUGACCCACCACCAAACCGGUCAUGCUGGAGGAUGUUGCAGGCAGCAGAACGUUCUCCACGGCAUCUCCAGACUCUGUCACGUGCUCAGUGUGAACCUGCUUUCAUCUGUGAAGAGCACAGGGCGCCAGUGGCGAAUUUGCCAAUCUUGGUGUUCUCUGGCAAAUGCCAAACGUCCUGCACGGUGUUGGGCUGUAAGCACAACCCCCACCUGUGGACGUCGGGCCCUCAUAGAGUCUGUUUCUGACCGUUUGAGCAGACACAUGCACAUUUGUGGCCUGCUGGAGGUCAUUUUGCAGGGCUCUGGCAGUGCUCCUCCUUGCACAAAGGCGGAGGUAGCGGUCCUGCUGCUGGGUUGUUGCCCUCCUAUGGCCUCCUCCACGUCUCCUGAUGUACUGGCCUGUCUCCUGGUAGAGCCUCCAUGCUCUGGACACUACGCUGACAGACACAGCAAACCUUCUUGCCACAGCUCGCAUUGAUGUUCCAUCCUGGAUGAGCUGCACUACCUGAGCCACUUGUGUGGGUUGUAGACUCCGUCUCAUGCUACCACUAGAGUGAAAGCACCGCCAGCAUUCAAAAGUGACCAAAACAUCAGCCAGGAAGCAUAGGAACUGAGAAGUGGUCUGUGGUCACCACCUGCAGAACCACUCCAUUAUUGAGGGUGUCUUGCUAAUUGCCUAUAAUUUCCACCUGUUGUCUAUUCCAUUUGCACAACAGCAUGUGAAAUUUGUCAAUCAGUGUUGCUUCCUAAGUGGACAGUUUGAUUUCACAGAAGUGUGAUUGACUUGGAGUUGCUUGUGUUGUUUAAGUGUUCCCUUUAUUUUUUUGAGCAGUGUAUAUAAAAUGUGUAUUUGCAGUCAGGCGAAGUACUGUAGCUUUUCAGGUGGGUGCAAAAUAACAGUAUGAGAGCUCACAUUUGCACAGCUUGCACUCCAAAGUGGUGGUCUGUGGUUUCUGUUAGAGCUGUGAUGUCAACAUUGUAAUCAGUAUAGACCGGGGCCCUUGUCUAGAUGCCUGCAAAAGCUCCUGGCUACAAAGCCUACAUCUCUAUAGUGCUGUAAUUUAUCAUACUAUAGAUAAUUAGGUAAUCACAAUUUUCAACAAUAACCAUGAUCUCUUAAGUUCUGUAAAAUGGUUGAUGUGGAGACACUGAAGCCACACCAGGGGAAGAUCUUAAUUCCAUAAUUCUCAUGUCUUCUUGCCGCCUCCUCAAAACCCAUUGGAUGAGAAAGCCAGAGGUCCCGUCCCUCUGACCAGCUCCACUGGGUUUUGAGAUGCAGACGAGGAGAGAGGACACGAGGAUUAUGCAAUUGAGAUCGCUCCCAGCAUUCAGUGGGUGGGGCCUCACAUCGUUACCAUUUUUUCCUCUGGCUCCACUGAUCUCAGCUCUGCGACUGGCCUGUCCUCAGAGCCUCACAGCUCUCAUCAGUUAGUCCCGUCCUUAGAUCAGUAGCAAAGUGUUAAUAAUUCUGGCCUCUGCUCGGCGCAUCAGUUGACAGCAACUCCUUCCCUUAACCUGUGGUCUUACUAAGGUAGUCUCCAAGGCAACAACUGGACGUGUCCUCCAGUCUAACUGUGACCUCUCCUCGCAGUUGUGUAGUACUGUUACACCAGCGGUGUCAUACUCUUUCCACGGAGGGCCGAGUGUCUGCAGGUUUUUCCAUUCAAUUAAGACCUAGACAACCAGGUGAGGAGAGUUCCUCACUAACUAGUUACCUUAAUUCAUCCCUCAAAUAGAAAAGGUGGAGUGAAAACCCGAAGAUGUUCGGCCCUCCGUGGAAUGAGUUUGACACGCGCGUUUACACCAUCCUUUACGCAGCCAAGAUCCUCACUCCCAGUCCCCUCGCUCUCCCAUGCCUUUCUGUGAAGCUCAUCAGCACAGCACUUAUGACUGUUCAGAAGAUAGGACAUACCAUGUAUGAAUAGACCAGUGGCCAGUAAUGAGUGAGUCACAUUUGAUGGAUGUACAAUCUGUUCAGUAAAGUGUCCGACUAUGUUCAGUUUCAUGUUGAGCGCUUACUUGUGAGAGCAUAGAUUUGUAUAGUAUUCUAUUGUAGAUGCUGUGCUAUACACACAGUAGAUUAAUAAUAAACUAAACCUGUAGAUUAACAAGUUGAUACUGGAUCAAAAGCAAAAGUAGUUAGACUAACUUCAAUAGAAUCCAUUUAAUCAUUUUCAGUAGCAUGCACUGUUGUCUUUGGAAUUAAGUCAGUGAUUUAAGCGAACUUUAAGGUUUGGCCUUUAGCAGAUCUAACACAACUAGUGUUGUUCCAGUUUACCACUCAUGGCAUUCAGUUGGUUAUUUACACCAAGUACUAAAACAACAUGGUUUCCCAUUUCAUGUCAGCUACUGAAAUUGUGCUGUGUGUGUUAAUUUGGUAUGACAAUUCUGAGUUGAAAAAUAGUUAUAUUCAAGCUUUGUAUUGUAUUGUUAAUUUCACCUCCCGUCAUGUAACAGUUAAAUAAAAGUUAUCGCUCAAGAUCAAUUGUCCACUAGGUGGCAUCUGAAAUUCAAGUUUCACAAUUGCAUCCACUUUCCUACUUCAAGGAAGUGGUGUUUUAAUUUGUUAGAUUAUUUCAUUUAAAAGAUCACUGAAAUAUACAAUAUCUGUUUAUUAUUCAGAGAAACCAUACAACAUUUUUCCUAUUUACAUUUUCACAUACAUUAUUGUGCAAGAACACAGGCCCAGUAGCGUGGCGCAAAUGCAACUGAAUUGGUUCAUUUAGAGUAGUCAUGGCGCUAUGGCACACUGUCAAAUACAUAAGGAAUACUCUCUAUACCGGAGGGCUCCAAAUUACAAUCUCAGUAUCCUUCAACAUCACAGAACAUACACAUACAGUACAGUACGUAUCCAAAGAUACCUCCAGUCUCUCAUACGUAUCUGAGGUACUUUACAGGUACAGUGACGGCAUACAUUGCAAUGUGUUAGAUUUAAAAUGGAACAUUUGUUCAAGGAUACUUGGCACAAUAUACAUUCUUAUGGAAUUAUUAGGAGAACUGUUUUAGUGCGCCCACAAACAAAUACUUCUAAGAGAAGGCAAAUCUCUUGGCAAAACUAAGCAAACAACUACAGUACAACAGAACUCAUUCAUAGAAAUAACACUGUGCCAAUUACAUAAAAAAGCUAAAUAGUUGUGACGGUUUAUAUGCAAACGCUUUGAGAGAGGUAUAGUAUGUCAGAGCUUUACUACCUUCCACUGUCAAUGCAAAGUGUAAAACAAACAUUUGUGUAAAAGGAAAAGCUGCCAAUUAGACUUUCUAGACACGUACAGAUGUAGGAUCUUCACUUGAUCACUGCUGUUGCUGAGAAUUUCUGUGCCCCAGAAUUGACAUAGAUUCACUAAAAACUCACAUUAUAUUAACAGUAUUGCACUUUUCAUGUAGCCUAAUCAUGUAGCCUAAUCUAGCAACAUUACGUCGGCAGAAAAGUUAAUGGACUAAACUUUCAAAUCCUGUUGCUGCAGGAUUAUUUUGCUGCGACAAUACUGGUCGAAUUAGGAUCCCACAUCUGUAGUUGACUUCUGGUAAAUCGUCCCGACAUUACAUAUACAACACAGUAAACCUUAUUACAUUUGAGGGAUAAGCUAAUCUAUUCAUCAAAUUGAUCUGAGAUGAUGUCCAAAU